AUGUUGCGGUUGCGCGGCUUAUCAGAUCUUCACCGCUAUAAAGCAAUGAGGCAAAUUCAAAGAGAGACUUCGUAUCGGACAUCUAUCAUACAGUCUCCAAUCUGCUCUCACCAGGGAUUGGUAGCAAGUUCGAUCAAGGUUCAAGCUAGACGGUCGAGCGGUUUUCCGUUCAAGUGCAACCCAAGUUCGAGUGUAUGUAGAAUACUCAUAUUUCUGUUACUGUGCAAUUAG